AGGCAAACGAAUCAUAUAUUCAAAGGCAAAUCUAUUUCCUUUCUUCUAUGUGAUUACUUUCCUUUUUUUCCCUCUAUGACCUCUUAUGAUUCCUAGGCCAACAUAAGACAGCUGAGAUCGUACCAACUGUGUCCAUCCUGCGGCCUAAAGCUUCCAAGUUGUAUCUAUUCAUCCCAUCACCUCACUCUUUGAAACAAUGAUGCAGCAGAGAAAGUCAAAACUUUAUCUGUACUGCGUUCAUAAUCUCAACAUCUGGCUACCGUUCUCUCUCCUCUUCCUUUUUGAGCUUCCCCAUGUGUUGAAUACUUGAAGAUACUGAAUUAAAAGAUCCCCCAACCCCCAUUUCACCAUAUGAUCCCAUCCCAUCCCUAUUGCCAUCUUUCUCCAAGCUAAAGCACUUGCUCUUCUGAUAUAUAUUUAUAUUCUAGUUAACUAACCUUUACCCAAAUGGGGAAGCACUCUUGCUGUUACAAGCAGAAGCUAAAGAGAGGCCUGUGGUCUCCGGAAGAAGAUGAGAAGCUUUUCAGGUAUAUCACGGAGCAUGGACAUGGGUGCUGGAGCUCUGUCCCUAAACAAGCAGGUUUGCAAAGGUGUGGCAAGAGUUGCAGGCUAAGGUGGAUUAACUAUUUGAGGCCUGAUUUGAAGAGGGGUGCCUUCACAGGACAGGAAGAGAAGCUUAUAGUUGAACUGCAUGAAAUUCUUGGCAACAGGUGGUCUCAGAUUGCUUCCCACUUACCGGGAAGAACAGACAAUGAAAUUAAAAACCAGUGGAACUCUAGCAUUAAGAAGAAACUCAGGCAGAAAGGCAUCGACCCAAACACCCACAAGCCACUUUCUGAUAUUGACAACCGACCAACAGCCAACAAUUCCUCGAGGGAGCUGGAGCUAGAGCUAGAGCUAGAGCAAGAGCCACUACUAAACAAUGAGGAAAGCCUCACUACCAUUUUUUGCAGGCCUGGGGAGGUGACAGGACGGUUGAAUUAUGAGUCUAAUCCCCACUUUCCAUUUGAUCUGCAUCCCGGAUCAUGGUUAAGCCAAAACAGCAUCUCUUCCCAGCUCAACUCCCAACUCCAUUCCACCUCCAUUUCUACUCUUCUCCAAACUGAUUUUAGCUCAAUUGGGUCAGUUCUGCCUCUACAAUCUCCCAGAGGAAUCCAGUAUGCUUCUGCUAACUCCAGCAGCAGCCAAUUCUCUUGGGGACUGGCCGAUUGGGGAUUAUCAGAUCAAGAAGGCAAAUUGGGAGAUAACAAACAGUUGGAGCAUCUCAGCACACCUUCUUGUACACCACCUGAUUCACAAAAUCAAGCAGCUCAUCCUCAUUCCAUCCCAGAUACAGCUGGGCUGACCGCUGAGUACAGUUCAGCACCAAACCCAUCAUCCCCAACAUUUACAAACUUCAGAUAUGGGCUAUAGCUAAGAAUGUUAGCAUGUGGGUCUUUUCUUUUUUAAGGAGCAGAAGGAUUUUAGGUGUAAGAAUGAGUUUCUAAUUGGAAUAAGAACUGCUUCUCAGAUUACAAGU